GCGCUCGAUAGCAGCGACGCUCGAUUGUUUUGGGCUGCUAAAAAUGGUUGCGAAGUGUCAACCAUAGCAAUUCUSUGUCGUUAUUUUUUUUUUAAUAACACUAAUAAAAUUAAUCAUUCUUUUCUGCAAUGGGAUUAUCGCAGAGCUCAGAAGCCCCCGAGGGAGGGACGUACGGAUACCAUGUCCACGGCAUUCAGCCUAAUUCUCCUGCAGAAAAGGCCGGACUGCAGCCCUUCUUUGACUUCAUUCUGUCUCUGGACAACGAAAGACUCAGUGAGGAAAACGAGCAGCUGAAGGAGCUCCUGAAAGCCAACAUGGAGAGAGCUGUGAGGAUGGAGGUGUACAGCACCAAAACCACCGGCGUCCGAGAGCUGGAGGUGGUGCCCAGUAACAUGUGGGGGGGACAGGGCCUGCUGGGCGCCAGUGUUCGCUUCUGCAGCUACCAAGGAGCCAAUGAGAACGUCUGGCACGUACUGGACGUAGAAGCCGGUUCACCAGCGGCACUGGCAGGUCUUCAGUCAUACAGUGACUACAUUGUCGGGGCAGAUCAGGUGUUGCAAGACUCAGAGGACUUCUUCUCGCUGAUCGAAGCCCAUGAAGGGAAACCCUUGAAGCUGCUGGUGUACAACACACGAACAGACAACUGCAGAGACGUGAUGGUCACACCCAAUGGAGCGUGGGGAGGAGAGGGCAGCUUGGGUUGUGGCAUCGGUUAUGGCUACCUGCACCGCAUUCCUGCGACUACAGAGAUGUCGACAGAGAAGCCCUCCAUCCCAGUGGCAGAAGAGAAAUCCUCUCCACAGGAGCCAACGCAUGGGUACACAGAGGCGCCUCUUAUGGCCCCCUCCACCCCCAGUGAAGAUUUGUUAGAUGUGGAGCAGAUCACCCUCCUAGACUCUGUGAUACCUUCACCAGAUCAGACGGUGAUGGACUCUGGUUUAUUUGAUUCGGAGGUGGCAGUGAUGAGCCCUGACCCUGCAGAUCUUAUGGACAGGCUGGACGUGUCCACGUCGUCCAUCGACAUGACCAACACUUCCCUGGCGAUGCACGAGGAGAAGGAGGGUGACAUAUCUGGUGUUGAGGAGCUGGAGGACAGUGCUCUGCCCUCAUCAUCUGCAGAGAACCAGAGUGAACUACUGGAGCAGGUCUCCCAUGCAGCUGUGGAGCUCCACGCUUCUCUCAUCGCUCCUGACACUUGGUCUGACUCCAGAGUAGCUCCAGCUGAAACGUCUCCCCCUCGCACCRAGUCCGCAGACCUUCAGAGCUUCGUCAUGGAAACCAGCAGCACCCCGAGUCCACCUCUGGGUGUGCAGUCCCUUCCUGUGGAGGCUCUUCAGCAUUUCGCUGAAGAGCCUCCAUGCCCAUCUCCAGUAGACCCGAUCGCAACCGCGGCUGCUAAUGAGGCGGACUUUCAAGUCUUUGGCGAUGCGCAAGCGUCGGCGUGUGAGUCAGCAGAGCCUGUAGAUCAUCAGAGCGGUGGGGGAGAACCAGAAAAAACACAUUUUGAUUAAAUUUUCCUUUGGUCAUAUGGAGGCAACGCUAAUGCAUCGUGGCGUAGACAAUCAAUAUUUACAUAUCUUUUAUCCAUUUCUAUAAAGGAAGCCCUAUAUUGCUGUAAAAAAGCAUUUCAACUAGGGCUGGGCAUUAAAUCCGUUUUGUCGGUUUUUUUUGUUUUUUUUUUAAUUUUUAUUUUAAGUUGGGCCACAAGAUGGUGGCCAAGUUAGCCUCUACUUAUUUGGACUUUGAUUUCAAGUCAACUCUUUGAUGGAAUAUAAACGCCACGCUAAGAUUAUUUUUUAAACUACAAAAAUAUAGUCAUAAAAUUACAAGAAUUUAGUUGUGCGAUGAUACGUUUUUAAUAAAUAAGUUAUCAUUUUAAUAAUUUUACAAUGUUUUUUUUCUGGAAAUAUUAUGACUAUAUUGUUGUAGCCAGGCCCUAAUAAAAAUCGUAAAAGCCCCUUUGUAAAGAUAUUUUUUUAGAAAAGAAAAUGAGGAAAAAAAUAGAUUAAAAUCAGAUUCCGUAUGAAAAAACUUAUUUUGUCAUCAAGCUAAAUUGCCCAGCCCUACUUUUUGUAUUUCCUCAGCUUAUCUGAAAACCUUAAAACUACUUUUCCAGCAACGCAGGUAGGAAGUAAGACAGACCAAGUUAUUCCAGAUUGUUGCACUACAGGAACUAGCUGAGACUUUAACAUGGAAGAAGGGCGAUAUCUUAAGGUACAAAUACAAAAUUAAGUUACAUAUUUUUUUUUUUUUAGCAUAAGGUUUAUUUGCUUGUUUGGUGGGAAAUUAGUGGACACGGGUUUUUGAAAUGCUGCUUCUAGCGCACUAAAGAGACUAGUACUUGAACGGUUCCAAAGACAAAGGCGUCGACUACUGMAAAGCACAGCUGCACCUUCACGUCUCUAACACUACGAACUUCUCUAACACUACUAGACUGCUGGCUGGUAAAAUAGGUCACAGUUGUCCUCCUGGUGCACCGUUCCAUCUCUCCUAGUGUUUUUGAAGGAGCGUUGUUUACAUAGUGAUUACUCAGCUUUAAACAUUGGACAUGGGACACUUUUAGUCGUGGUCUCCUUUUGAUUGGAACUUAAAGGGCUUUUAUUAUAGCAAUGUUUGAGAUGUGUUGUUUGUUGUAAUAUUUAGAAAGUGUUUCACACCAGCUCUGAUAAGAUUGGUGUGUUUUUAACAAAGUCUUUAGUUUUAAUUAUUGUAAUUGCUGUUUUUCAGCAGCAUAGCUAUUGGAGAGUUUUAUUCAUGUAUAGCUAGCUGUCUGCCCAUGUUUUUAUUAAAAGAGAUGCACUGAUAAAUUA